UCGAAUGAUCUAACUAACUACGCAAAGACCGUGUAGGGUUUGUUCUCUUCUCUCUCUCACUAAGAAUCGAAUGAUCUAACUAACUACGCAAAGACCGUGUAGGGUUUGUUCUCUUCUCUCUCUCACUAGGAGAAACCCUUUUCAUUGCUAUGAAUUAACCCUUUUCAUUGUUAUGUACAACGAGGAGACACCGCCGCAUGAGCUGAACAAGAUGGUCUCUCCGACCACCGCGAGCCUCUCACUUCCUGACGAUAUACUUUUGAGCUUCCUAAGCCGCAUAUCAAGACUCUACUACCCAACUUUCUCCCUCGUCUCCAAGAGCUUCCGCUCUCUCAUCGCUUCACCUGAACUCUACCAGACCCGAUCUUUCCUCAACCGCACAGAGAGUUGUCUCUAUGUGUGCUUACGAUCACUCACCGACUCCAACCUCCGAUGGUUCACCCUCUGCAGAGUACCAGAUCGUAAACUAACAAACUUCUCUGGUGGCCAUUUAUUAGUCUCGGUUUCAUCUAGCCAUGCUCCUCCUCCUCCUCCUGCUCACUGGUCGAGUGUGGUCGCUGUUGGCUCUAACAUAUACGCUGUUGGAGGGCCUAUUAACGACGCGCCUUCCUCCAGAGUCUCCUUCUUGGAUUGUCGGUCUGACACGUGGCGCACGGCUCCACCCAUGCGUGUGGCUCGUAACUACCCAACGGCUAGUGUUCUCGAUGGGAAAAUAUACGUAGCAGGAGGCUGCGAAGAUUGCGACUCGUUGAACUGUGUAGAAGUGUUCGAUCCAAAUACUCAGAGGUGGGACUCUGUGGCAAGUCAUGACACCAGGAAAUGCAAGAGACUUGUAUACAAAGGCAUAGGGAUCGAAGGUAAGUUUCACUUGUUAGGAGGUGGGAGACGUGUGGCGGCUUACGACCCUGAAGAAGGUAGAUGGGACUUGGUAGGAAGGGAAAUGGAUAUGGGUCGGGCGUGGGUUUCGUAUUGUGUGAUAAAGAACGUGUUGGUGUAUUAUCACGAAAGGGAUAGAGAGUUUAAAUGGUAUGAUUAUAAAGGAAGAUUCUGGAGGAAGUUGAUGGGUUUGGAACGGUUGAUUAAGUUUCUAUGUGACAGCCGUGUUAGCUUGGCGGAUUAUGGUGGGAAGAUGGCUGUUCUGUGGGAUACUUUUGUGCCUGGGAGUGGUUCUAAGAACAAGAUGAUUUGGUGCGCAGAGGUUAGCCUUGAAACACAUGACGUAUAUGAUGUUUGUGGUAAGAUUGAGUGGUUUGAUGUUGUUCUUAGAAUUUCCAAGUCUUAUGAGUUGGUGCAUGUUAUUGCUGCUACUGUUUGAUUAGCUUGGAUCAUUUGAAACGUUGUUUCGUUUGGAUUUAUAUGCAAAGCUUUAAGAGAUCUAAUGCCAACUCUAGUUAACCCA